AUGACCAAGUUCGUGGUGGUGGGCCUGUGCCUGCUGAUGGCCUUCAGCCAGAUGGCUUCCGUGUCCGGCGUGACCGAGGCUCCGCAGGUGGAGCAGUCGACGGAGUCGCCCAUCGCCGACAUGGCGCUGAUUGAGGAUGUGGCGCCCAUGGCAGCCAAAACGCCCACGGAGAAGCCGCCCCAGGUGCAGGAGGCUCCGGUGGCUCCGGUGGCCGCUGUGGAGGUCCAGGAGAAGGCCGCCCCCCAGCCGCACACGGUGGCCGACUUCAUCAUCCACCCGCUGAUCGCCUUCAAGCCGCGCCAGGCCAGCCUGGAGGAGAUCCAGGGCAAGCAGGCCCAGGCGACAGCCGGCUCCGCGGCGAGCACGCCCGCCUCGCCGGGCACCUGGCUCUUCGGCAUGAAUCCCGCCCAGCAGCUGGGCUCCUCCUUCUCCUCGCUGGCCGGCUCCGUGUCCGGCUGGUUCAACGAUCGCCUGCAGCUGCCCGGCCUGGUGGAGACCCCGGUGCGCGAGUCCAGCACCAGCAGCAGCACCACCACCUCGACCAGCACCCAGCGACCCGAUAUUGUCGUCCGGGUGCAGCAGCGUCCCCAGCGCAAUGGCAACCGCAAUGGCAACCGGAACGGCAACAUGAACAACCGACGUCGCCAGCAGCGCCCCAACAGGUUCAACAACCGUCUGGACUCGUUCGAGGAUGACUACUACGAGGAUGACUACUACCAGGGCAACCGGUUCGAUGACGAGUUCGACGACGACGAGGACGAUCAGAGCCUGGAGCAGUUCGAGGACGAUGACUCCCUGGAGCUGCGGCCCCAGCAGAAGCCCAAGCGCAAGCAGACCCAGGUGCAGAGCCAGAAGCAGCGCAGGAAGUUCCAGCAGCAGCAGCAGCUGGAGGAGGAGGAGCAGCAAGUGGUCAGCCAGAAGCGCCGCCAACCCCUGAACGCGACGAACAAGAAGACCAAGGCGCAGAAGAAGCCGGUGCAGCCGGUGGUGGAGGAGUCGCAGGACGAGGAGGAGCUGGAGGAUGAGGAGGCCGAGAACGACGACGAGGAGGAGCAGGAGGACCAGGCGCAGGAGGACGACAGCCAGGAGCAGGACUUCCAGCCCGAGCCCGUCUUCGGCACCAGCACCUCGACGAGGCGCAGCCAGAACCAGCCCAACUUCAUCCAGCGCGGCCAGCAGAGCAUCAUCAGCCAGAUCCGCCAGUUCACCAGGGGCCAGACGCCAGGAGAGCUGGCCACCACACUGAGGAGGACCCCCAUCUCCUCCGCCUCCGGCUCGAAGACCCGUCGUCCCCAGCAGACGACUCUGCUGGUGAACCGCAAUGGUCAGACCGUUUACCUGGCCCCCGAGCUGCUCAACCUGAACUCCGCCUAUCCCUACGCCUAUGUCCAGGGGCAGACCAAGAAGCAGCGCGUCCCGGUCAGCGGAGGCUUCCCCCAGCCCCCGCUGACGGUGCCGGUGAGGCGCCAGGGUCGUCCCACCCAGUACAUCACCAUUCCCUGGAGCCAGCUGGGUCUCUCGCCGCCGGACCAGCAGUCGGUGGUCUCCCUGGCCGAGGGCAUCCAGGCCCAGCCCCUGAUCCUGAACAUCCCUCAGAGCGCCAUUAGCCCGGUGAGGAGCACCUCCGGUGGCCAGAAGAAGAAGCAGCGUCCCCAGCUGACCGCCUCGGCUGUGCCGCUCCUGGCCGACGCCUCCCUGAUGGACAUCUUCCAGCCCCCCCAGAUCCCGCCCUCCAGAACCGGAGCUGCCUCUUCUGCAUCCCCAUCCUCCUUGGGAUCCGGAGCCUCCAUUAAGCCCAUCUCCGCCCAGCCCGUUCUGAUUGCCGCCAAGCCCGUGAAGGCCGGCGGAGCCACAGGACUGCUGCCCACUCGCAUCCGUCCUGGAACCAUUGUGGAGAAGGCCCCCGCCAUGGAGGAGAAGCCCAUGGAGGCCACCGAGGUCAAGCACGACCAGGAGAUGAUGGCCCCGGAGGCGGUGGCGCCGCAGAUGGCGGCCAGCGCUCCCGAGCAGCAGGAGUUCAUCCUGGUCGGCGACGACGAUGAGCCCGGUCUCUCGCGACAUGUGCAGCCCGCCUUCGGAGACGCCCGCUAUGUGUCCUACGGCGAUUUCCAUCCCUACUUCGAUCUGGUCACCCAGAACAGGCGGUUCGCCCUGAGGAAGACCGGUAGGUCCCUGGAGAACCCCGAGGCGCCAGUUGUUGCCCAGGAGGAGGCUCAAAAGGAGGAGGUAAAGCAGGAGGAAGUGGAAAAGAAUGAAGAGACCCAGAAGGAGGAGAUCCAGAAGGAGGAGACCCAGAAGGAGGAGAUCCAGAUGGAGGAGUACCGCCCCGACGGACCACAGCCCACGGAGCCGGUCCCGCCGCAAUAAUUUUGUAAAACAAAAAACCCUCCCCAAAAA